AUGUCAAAUGGUUCUCUCAACAGGUACAUAUCCGAAGGAGAAAAGGCAGUUUCCUUGGAUUGGGGAAUGAAAUCCAAACUCAUAGUUGGAGUUGCUCGAAGUAUCGAGUAUUUGCAUGGUGGUUGUGAUAUGAAGAUCUUACAUUUUGAUAUUAAACCUCAUAAUAUACUUGUUAAUGAAAAUUUCGUCCCCAAAAUCUCCGAUUUCGGGUUGGCAAAACUAUACCCCACAGACAAAGAGAGUGUGACGUUGACCACUGCUAGAAGCACCAUAGGCUUUGUAGCUCCUGAAAUCAUCGACACAAGCAUUGGCCGAGUGUCUCACAAGGCUGAUGUUUAUAGUUUUGGGAUAUUGUUGAUGGAGAUAGCUGGCGGGAUUGCAAAUUUCAAGGCAGGGAUCAAUAAUGUUGAUGAUGAAAAUGAGAUUGGAAAGAUUCAAGAGAAGAUGGCGAUAGUUGGGUUGUGGUGCACACGAACAAAUCCCGAUGAACACCCAACAAUGAGUAAAGUGUUGGAGAUGUAG